UAAUCACGUGACAGCCCCAGCGAGUGCGGAGCGAGAGACAGUGAGUGAGACGGCAGGCAGGAUCCGCUGGUGAGAUCCACUCCAACUCUGUCCUCUAUUCGUGCAGAGAACCAUGUCGGUGCUGAAACUGGAGGAGUGUCGAGAGAAGAUUCGCAACGAAUUGAACAAAGUCGUGGACUUCUGGUUGAAAUACUCCCAAGACACAGUUUAUGGGGGCUAUUUCAAUUGUAUUGGGAAAAAUGGGACGGUUUAUGAUGAGCUGAAAUAUGUCUGGCUGCAGGGAAGACAGGUGUGGAUGUACUGUCGCUUGUACCGAACAAUGGAUCGAUUCCGUCGGCCUGACAUCCUUGAAGCAGCCAAAGCUGGAGGGACUUUCCUCAGGAAGUUUGCUCGUGUUUCCAGCGGCGACGGUCAGAUGAAGUGCGCGUUCUGUUUAACACGAGAUGGUAAAACAGUGAAAGUACAGCGAACCAUAUUCAGUGAGUGUUUCUACGUCAUGGCCAUGGAUGAGCUGAGCAGAGUCACUGGUGACACGGAUAUGCAGCUCGAGGCUGAAAAGAUGAUGGCGCAGCUGAUCUUCUGGGUUCAGGUUGACCCAACAGGUUUGGGGAGACCCACGCUACCCGGCGACACACACACCAACAGCAUGGCGGUUCCGAUGAUGCUGAUGUGUCUAGUGCAGCAACUCACUGAAGGUCGUGGUCAGGAAGCCGUCCUCAAGUACAAAAAGUUGAGCUGCUGGUGUGUGCAGCAGAUUCUCCAGCAUGUUCAGCGAGACGGCACAGCUAUCUUGGAAAAUGUGUCAUUGGAGGGGGCGGAGCUACCAGGUUGUCAAGGCCGACUGCAGAAUCCAGGCCACGCCUUGGAAGCAGGCUGGUUCCUGCUUCAAUAUGCUUCUCAAUGUGGGGACAAGGAGCUGCAGGAAAAAGCCAUCAAUAAGUUUGUGGAGUUACCCUUUGAAUACGGCUGGGAUAAACAACACGGUGGCCUCUUCUACUUCCUGGAUGUGGAUGGCCACUGUCCCACUCAGUUGGAGUGGAGUAUGAAACUGUGGUGGCCUCACUGCGAGGCUCUUAUUGCCUUCCUCAUGGCCUACAGCCAAACCAAAAGACCCAGACUCCUAGAGAGUUUCUAUCAAAUUUAUGACUACACAUUUACUCAUUUUUCUGAUGCCCAACAUGGGGAAUGGUUUGGUUAUUUGUCACAAGAUGGAAAAGUAGUUCUGGAUUUUAAAGGAGGUCCCUAUAAAGGAUUCUUCCAUGUACCACGCUGCCUGUAUAUGUGUGAGCGUAUUCUGGAUGAUCUGCUGAAUAACGCAGUGUGAGCUUGUUCUUCAUUGUGUUAAAAUGGGACUUUUUUUUUUUUUUAAACGGUUGCAAAUCAAGCUUUAUUGAAUGUAUUUUUAAAGCGUUAUAAUUGUUUUGUGUUACUUGUUUUACAUAUUGUCAGUUGCAGAUUAAUCAUGAAAUAAAAAUUGCUUCUGAUGAACCUGUC